GUGAAGGCCAGUUCGUUUGCAUGCAUGUAUGUCAUGGCACAUACAUGAAACAUGACCGAGAUGUGGUGGUGCGUCUCACACUCUGCUGGGGGCUGGGGGCCUGGCGCAUGGCACUGCGCCGCGCGUGCUCCCCGGCCGACCACGCCACUUGCUUAGCCACUUACAUUCACGGCUAGCUAUAUAAACACACGACACACAGACUCCUGACCCGGCCUCCGAGUUGGAUUUCGAUUCUCUCAGUGUCCUUAACUGCACAGUAGGCACACACACACACCAUCCAGCACAGCAGGGACACGGCCGCCAUGGCUGCUGGUGGUGGUGCGCCUGUUGUGGCGCCCCUGCUCGUGACGGUCGCUGUCGUCGUCGUCGUCGUCGUCCUUGUGGUGUCGUCGACGACGGUGUCCGCCGGACAGGACGAUGAGCCACCAGCGCCAGCGGCGGCGUGCGCGAGGCGCCCCGUGGUGUUCGCGUUCGGGGACUCCAACACGGACACGGGCGGCGUGGCGGCAGGCCUGGGGUUAUACUAUCCGCUCCCCGAGGGCCGCGUCUUCUUCCGCCGAUCCACCGGACGCCUCUGCGACGGCCGCCUCGUCAUCGACUACCUCUGUGAGAGCCUGAACAUGAGCUACCUGAGCCCGUAUCUAGAGGCCGUGGGCUCCGACUUCACCGGCGGCGCCAACUUCGCCAUCUCGGGCUCCUCCACGCUGCCCCGGAACGUCCCCUUCGCGCUCCACGUCCAGGUCCAGCAGUUCCUCCACCUGAAGCUGCGGUCGCUCGACCUCAUCGCUCACGGCGGCGGCGGGGGCACCACCGCUCCCAUCGACGCCGACGGCUUCCGGAACGCCCUCUACCUCAUCGACAUCGGGCAGAACGACCUGUCCGCGGCGUUCGGGAGCGGCGCGCCGUACGACGACGUCGUCCACCAGAGGAUCCCGGCUAUAGUGUCAGAGAUAAAAGAUGCUAUCAUGACCCUCUACUACAACGGUGCCAACAACUUCUGGGUCCACGGCACCGGCCCUCUCGGCUGCCUGCCCCAGAAGCUCGCCGCGCCCAGGCCCGACGACAGCGACCUCGACUAUACCGGCUGCCUCAAGAACCUCAACGACGGCGCCUACGAGUUCAACACCCAGCUCUGCGCCGCCUGCGACGAGCUCAGGUCGCACCUGCGUGGCGUCACCAUCGUCUACACCGACGUCUUGCUCAUCAAGUACGACCUCAUCGCCAACCACACCGCCUACGGGUUCGAGGAGCCGCUCAUGGCGUGCUGCGGCUAUGGCGGGCCGCCCUACAACUACAACGCCAACGUGAGCUGCCUGGGGCCGGGCUUCAGGGUGUGCGAGGACGGCAGCAAGUUCGUCAGCUGGGACGGCGUGCACUACACCGACGCCGCAAACGCCGUCGUGGCUGCAAAGAUCCUCUCCGGCCAAUUCUCCACCCCCAAAAUGCCCUUCGACUUCUUCUGUCAGGCAUGACCAUCGUACCCUGGCCCAGCAUAUAGCUGAGAGAUUCAGUUUGCGAGAAUAAUCUCUUGCAAGGAAUCCAUUUGUGUAAUUAAGAAAUGUUAACAAGCACCCCAUAUCAUGUCGUAAUGAAUAACUCGCGAUUGACCUA